AAUGUGUGCCUUGUCGCUGGGUCACUGGUGCUGGGGUUCUUAUUUGCUCUUCAAUUUACUGUUCUGCUGUUCCACCUGCUGUUCUGUGGCACCAAUGAAAUCAACCACUUCUAUUGUGAUGUGCUGCCCACCUUGCAGCUGACGUGUGGCAAUAUGAAGAGCCUUGAAGCCAACAUUUUUGCUGUGACUAUGGUAACCCUGACCAUCCCCUUCCUUCUGAUUUGCAUCUCUUAUGUCUUUAUUGUGGCUGCCAUCCUGCGGAUCCACUCUGUGGCCGGAUGGCACCUCGCCUUCUCCACUUGCUCCUCCCACCUGACAGUUGUCCUUCUGCAAUAUGGCUGCUGCAUCUUCAUUUACUCCCACAACAGCCCCAGCUACUCCCCGGAGCAAGACCAGGUGGUGUCUGUGGUCUACACCUUUGUGACCCCUGUACUGAGCCCCCUAAUCUACAGCAUGAGGAACAAGGAGCUAAAGGAUGCUCUGAGCAGAGUGCUGAGAAGGAAAGUGCUGUCCCAAGAAAGUGAUACCUUUGGGCCCUAA